AAGCUUGCGAGAAAUGCACUUCCACGAUUUGGAGGAGUGCCUGGAAAAUGACUGUAUUCCAUGCGGGAAGAAAUUGAUAACCACAAUUAAACUUCAGAGGAUGUUCAAGAAUAAGCAACUAGUGACAGAUUCUUCAAUGCCAGCAGCAGGUUACAGCGAUGCUGAAACAGCGCCACCAGAUGAACGUCUUGGUUAUCUUGAAGACAAGCACCUGCUUCGUAUAGCCGAGGGCAUGGGAAUGGAGUGGAAACAACUGGGCGUCAGACUGGGUCUCAGUUGGAACAGGAUCCAACAAAUAUGGAGUGAUAAGAGACGAUUGCCAGAGAGCUUAAUGGAUAUGCUGACAGAAUGGAGGAAACAACAAAACUACGAGAAAAAUCAAGUUGAGAUGAUGUGCAGAGCUUUGAAGGAACAAGGACUCACAGAGCUUGCUAACAAAAUCUUUGGCUUGCAAUUGUCAGAGGUUAAAGAAGCCAAUGCAAUUGCAGGUGAAGAUACGAGAGAAUACGAUGGAUUCUUGGCAGACAUUGAUAUGCAAUUUAUUGCCAAGGAGCUUGGCAAGAACUGGAAAUCCUUUGGAAGCAUCAUUGGUCUGAUGGAACCUGAAAUAGAAAGAAUUGAACUGGACUUUUCACCACCAACUGUGGAUGCAAGUCUGGAAAUGCUAGUCAAGUGGCGAGAAAGGCAAAAAGCUGGAGUUAACCACCUUGGAAAAAUGUGUGAUGCAUUGGAAGAACUUGGAAAGGCAGCUGUUGCUGAAGCACUCCAGAAAUACUACUAGGGAACUUAAUUAUAAUGCAAGAAGAACAUUUGUAGAUACACAUUGGUACCAACAAUUUCAAAAGACGGUUACACAGUGGUUGGCCAGGGGCUAGUUCCCCCGCUCCCUUCAGGAAGAGCAAAACCUCAACCACUGCCAUUAUGACUAGCGGCGUAACAAAGGGAUCGGAGGCUGCUGGGUAGGGGCCCUUUAGGAGCCCACAAGCUAGGGGUGGGGGGAAGUGAAGAGUGUUUUUAGUUAGCGUUCUAUGACAUAUUUUAAUGCCUGUUCUACACAUUCAAAUUCUAAGUUUAUAUAUCGUGAUUUGACACAUAAAGCAUACUUAAUUUAAACUAAUAAUCACUAAUAAACAUCUCUGUAUCUCACAGACUUUGGCUUGAAAAAGGGCUUUGGUUAUUCAUUUGUUAAAAAAAUAUAUUGGAAUUUGCUGGGGCCCUUGAGGCUCCGGGGCCCCUGGCUUUAGCCAGUGAGAGCUCAGAGCCGUUACGCCACUGAUUAUGACACUCAAUAAAGUUAAUGCCACAGUGCACGUAUCCUAGGGCAAUAAAGGUAUUAAGGAAAUACAUGAAGUUAUUGUUUAACCAUAGAAUCAAAUUUUUGGGACAGCAAAUUUGCUUUAUAAAUUAUACAAUAUAUUUUGUUUAUAAUAUAAUAAUAUGAUGGAAUUAUACAAAUUAGUAAACACUUUCUCAUUUAAUAUUUGUAAAUUAUUGUAUAUUUUGUAAGCUUGUAAAAUUUAUAUAACCUAAUCUUGAUACUUAAAUGCCGAAAUUUAUAUAUUUUAUAUAUAUUUUUAUAUAUAUUUUUAUUAUUUUAGAAUGUCGUUUCUUUUUAAGAAUUAUACCUUGACCGACUACAUUCAGCGGGAUAAAGAAUGUGGAGAGACAUGCUACGUAUCUUGGUUCCUGUAUACUUAAAAUAACACUGCCCAAAUCAUUCCAGUAGGAUGCAGUUUUUUCACACUAUAUAACAACACUUUUUCAAAAACUACAGCUCAACUGAAUACAGUUUACUGUAGUUCCUGUUCAAGUCACAAAUUUCACUAUGAAAUCACAAAAAAAAACUUAGUUCAUUUUGACUAUCCUGGCUUCGGCCUGGAAUGGUCACAUUCUCAUGUUCCGUAAAUUAAGUUAGAAUAAAAUAGGCAUCUCUCAAUUGUGCUUCAUGACGGUUUUGUAAUGGACAUUAUUCCUCUAUUUCUUUUUCUAUUUCUUUAUUUGCAAAUCACAUGUAAUUAUGUUUUAUUUUUGCAAAAUGCAAGUUUUUAAAUAAAAUUUAAAAUUGAUAAAUUGA